UGGGCAACCAAGUAUCUUCAGAAGAGCCCGAGGCUCUCUAGCUGCUACUGUUUACUCCAGACAAAACUGGACAAAGAGAGAGUAUCUAGCAAAAGGAGGCCAAUCCCAGCCUUCAGAGCAGACCUGUACAAAGAUCUCUCUUAAAAACAUUUCUGUUGGAAUAGUCAAUGACCAAGUACACGCUACUGCGCCUGUGCUCAGGUGAGAGCCGACAGCUCCUCCCUGCUAAAUGCAUAGGCUUCUUCUCCAAGGGAGUUUUGCAAUAGAAGAGCUGUCACUGUGAACAGGUGGAAACGAAGUAAAAGCGCCUGUUGGCUUGUUCCUGUUUCUACAGCUGGCUCAGACACAGGAGAAAAGACAGCAGGGAGCUGGUAGAAUUUAUCUUCAAAGACCAGAAAUAUGCACUGUGCCAUCCUAAAGGCGGAAGCAGUGGAUGGGGCUCAUCUGAUGCAGAUCUUCUGGCAUGAUGGAACAGAGUCCCUCUACCCAGCAGUAUGGCUGAGAGACAACUGCCAGUGUUCUGAAUGCUACCUGCAUUCUGCAAAAGCUCGAAAACUUCUCCUGGAAGCUCUCGAUGUGAACAUUAGAAUCAAAGACUUGACAUUUGACCGGAAAAAGGUUUAUAUCACAUGGCCCAAUGAGCAUUACAGUGAAUUCGAAGCUAAUUGGCUGAAGAAAAGAUGCUUUUCCCAACAGGCCAGAGCAAGACUCCAAGAAGAAUUGUUUUUACCAGAAUGUGAGUAUUGGGGCUCAGAACUUCAGAUGCCUACUCUGAACUUUGAAGAUGUAUUAAAAGAUGAUGAGCAUGCGUACAAAUGGCUCUCCAGUCUCAAGAAAGUAGGCAUUGUGAGACUCGUCGGAGCAGCUGACAAACACGGAGAGAUCACCAAACUUGGAAAAAGGAUUGGCUUCUUGUACCUCACGUUCUAUGGACAUACUUGGCAAGUGCAGGACAAGAUUGAUGCCAACAAUGUGGCUUACACCACUGGGAAGCUCAGCUUCCACACUGACUACCCAGCUCUCCAUCAUCCACCUGGGGUUCAGCUUCUGCACUGUAUAAAGCAAACAGUCACAGGAGGUGAUUCUGAAAUUGUAGAUGGGUUUAAUGUAUGCCAAAAGCUCAAGGAGAAGAAUCCUCAGGCAUUCCACAUACUGUCCUCCACCUUUGUGGAUUUUACAGACAUUGGUGUGGAUUACUGUGAUUUCUCUGUGCAAUCUAAACACAAGAUUAUAGAGUUGGAUGAUAAAGGCCAAGUGAUUCGCAUCAACUUCAACAAUGCAACCAGAGAUACAGUCUUCGAUGUCCCCAUUGAAAGAGUUCAGCCUUUCUAUUCUGCUCUGAAAGAGUUCGUGGACCUCAUGAGCAGCAAAGAAUACAAGUACACUUUCAAGAUGAAUCCAGGUGAUGUGAUUAUCUUUGACAACUGGCGCUUGCUCCAUGGACGUCGUAGCUAUGAGGCAGGAACUGAGAUAUCCCGCCAUCUGGAAGGAGCUUAUGCUGACUGGGAUGUAGUGAUGUCAAGGCUUCGUAUUCUAAGACAGAGGGUCAAGAAUGGGAUCUAAAUUUCCUUACCUUAGAUUUUAAUGCAAGGCCAAGGACUGAAUGUUACUACUAGCUAUAGCCUGGUUAUUCUCUUACUGUAAUCAACAUCAUUUACAUAUUAAUUUAAAACCAAACACGCAAUUUCUCUCAUCAGAGUAUUCUUCCUUGGAAUCACAUUCAAUGUCAACUUGUUAGAUGUCCUGAUAGGGGGCCUUGUUAAAGCAUCCCUUCUGUGGGAUGUGUGUUCUGACUUCCUUUGCUUUCAAGGGUGUCACCAGAACACCUGCAGAUAGUUUUGUAUCAAAUAAAUCUUUCUGUCGGAUAAAGCUUUUAUAUGUAUAAAUAAAGCUUGUGUUUUAAAACAUGUUCCUGCUCA